UUAGUUUAAAUAAAAAUUAGAUCUUAGUUUUAUUGAAGAGAUAAAUUUUCGUGUUUAUAAGAAAAUGUCGCAACAAGGCAGAUUUUCAGGUGGCGCUUGCUGUAGCUCUCCGCGUUGCCCCAAAGACUCACAGCCCGUCUGUAAGCCCCCGGAGGAGCCCUGCGCGGACAAGUUAGUUAACCUCACGGCCGAUUAUCCCAUUUCGCGUCGCAAUUGCGUCAUCUUCGGCGGUCAUGAUGAGCCCUACUAUCCACCCUUCGAUCCCAAGGAAUGUCUACGAGGUCGCCGAUCCAAGUACGAUAACUCCUUGGGUCAUCCAGUUGGGGUAGUUGCGGGUCUGGUACCCAGCAAGCCGGGUGUGCCCAAUGUUGAGCUGAUGCGCUACGCGGGAAACCUCAAAGGCUUUGCCGUUACCUAUUUUACACGACGCAACGAGUGGCAGCCAGAGCUCAUUGAUCACAUUUGCGUGGAGGGUCAAGUUCUGUUUGCUGAUUCGGAAACUAUGGAUAAUCCAAACGGGACGCUACGACCAGAAGUGUACGACGAGAACGAACAAAGAAUAACACGCCACUUUAAAGUAAAUGAUUAUGAGUUUGCCAUUGAACUGGAGGUGCCUUUUGAGCUGAGCCCCUAUUCCAACACUGUGGCAAACUUGCGACCCAUAAUGCGAGCCUUCUUUCGCAAAGCCCACUUCGGAGUGUUCUGGACUCCCAAUUGGUAUUUGCUGAUCUGGCGCGACAAGGGCAUCUGGAUGGUGUUGGACUUGAAUGGACGCGACAAGGACACAUUGAGAUCUAAUCAUGACAGCGGGUUUCCUAUGCUGCUUGUGCUAAAGUCGAUGGACAAUGUAAUAUAUUUAAUCAAGAAUGAGAGUAAUCUAGAGCCCACAGAUACUUUUAAACUGCGAGAAAUUUUGGUAGUAAGAUUGGUCACACCCGGUGGCCAGAGCCAGGAACGGGAGCAUGGCACGCGCAUUAGUGAGUUCGAUGUAAUUGCUUCGGACUAUGCUUAUCUCAAGUCAAAUUUGCAUCUAACACUUAAUCCAAAAGAUGCGCUACGUAAUCGUAGCGCUCUACCGGUAGCUGUUGCUACAGCCCUAGCUUCCAAGAUAGAUCAUCCGGCCACGUGGGACCAGAAGACAUAUGACAAAGUCAUGUGCUACGGCGUCAACAUGUGCAAGAACUGUUGGGACCCUUGCAUAGAUCUCAAUCAGCCGCUGGAUCUGGAUACAUUUCCUCGCCAAAUCCGCAUGGGCCAGUUUGUGGGCGAGGUACUGCUUUCUCCCAACGUGUAUGAAGGCUGGUGGAAGUGUGUACCUAUGUACAAGUAUAAUGACUUUCACCUAAUGCUGGAGAAGGCGCUGGAUGAAAACGACUAUGUCAUCUUCCAGAUCAACAACCAAAUGUAUUCGUUAUGGAAGAAGGGUGACUUUAUAUAUUUGAUGGAUCCCUACAGACAUCACAUUGUUGGCCGCAUACUCGAGGAGGGUGAGGAUCCGAAAAGUGCUUCGGUGCGCAUGUUUGGAAACAUGGAUCGCCUGUUAAGCGUAUUCCAUCAGAUACUCCUCGAGUCUAAUCGCUCAGCCAUCUUUCACAUUCACACUCUCAAGAUCCGCAAUAUCACAGAGUGUCCACCAGGCACUGCGCCUGCUUUAUUGCCUCCCGACGAAGAGGUUGAGGUGCAGUCGUUGAACGAGACUAUAUUAUUUGAUGAGAACUAUGAUAAAUGCUUGGACGAACUGGGCGAGAUCAGCGACUAUGACGAAGACUUGGCCUCGGAAAUCGAGCCAAUCGAGGAGGUCAGCUCAUCCGAAGAAAUGGUCGAAGAGGAAGAAGGCGGCGAGGCUGGUCCGGCCGAGGGUGGAGACGAAGAGGAGGAUGACUAGUAUUACUAUGACAUUUUUACGCAUACAAAAUUCUAUAUUAUAUAUAAAUUUAAUGUA